GAAUGACGUCAUAACAUGGCGGACAUUUGAAAGAUGCAAGUUUUCCUCUGAUGCUCUGUGUGAUUUCAAGUUGAUUUCAUUCAAAAUGUAGAUUAUUCAAUCAAAACGACGACUGUUAUAUACUGAAUGGUCAUGCCUUCUACCAAGAAGCAGCCUUUAAAGGACUUGCACUUAGCCAGCUCGAUGUCAGAGCUUGUAGCGUUAGCCGAUCCUAACAUCGAAUCUAACAAGAACGCAAAUCCAAACUUGUUUUGCAAAUCUGCUGAUAAGGUUUUCCUAAAGGCAAGUGAGUUUGAUCUGGAAAAUGAUGAAGAGAAUGCUUUUGUGUUCUACAUGCGCUACUUUAAGAUCAUCUCCCUCAUCAAGGCUACAACCAAGUACAAACAAGAUAAGGCACACUUUGACAAACUUAUUGGUGCAACAAAACCAAUUAAGGCCAUUGACAGGUCAGAGAAGCUUCAGACAAGUCUCACAAAGAGGUAUGAAAAUGCAAAAGAGGAAAAAGAAGCUAGACUUUUGCUGGAAAGAAAAGAGAAAGAAAGAGCUGAGGCAUCAGAAGCAGCUAAAGCAAGCCAAAAUAAAAGUGGUGACAAUAAUCUGGAUGACUUGUUAAAUGGCCCAGAACUCAACUCUCCUUCAGAGCUUUAUCAGAAGCUUCAGGUUAAUCCAUCAUCUGUCUUACAACCACAAGGAAUAGGCAGUACAGAUGUCAGAGUCACUAAUCAUAGUGAGACGGUUCCCUUUCUAAAAGCUGAAGAUCUGUACUUGAUCAUAAAGAAAGAGGAAAGUGGUAGAAAUCUGUUGAUACUUGACAUCAGAACACAAGCAGAGUAUGCAAAGAACCAUAUAUUUCAUCCUUCCUGCAUUAAUAUCCCCGAGGAAAUGUUACAGCAUGGAGUCUCUUUAAGCAACAUUGACCGACGGCUAACGGAAAAGACGCGUCUGAUGUGGCGAGAACGAGGUGACAAAAGACAUAUUGUGAUUGUGGAUAAAUCCACAGAGGUUUCCCAAGUCACACCGGAUUCCCUCAUACAGAGGGUUAAGAAUGCCAUAUACAAGUAUGACUCAAACUGUUUUCUGCAAAGUGAACCGCUUAUCCUGGAUGGAGGGUUUGAUAGCUGGCUUUGGCACUACCCCUCUCUUGCCACCAGGUCAGAACUACCCAAGGUUGAUUCAGGGUCCGUACCCUCACUGGAUAGCGGAGUCAUAUCAAACCUCUCUUCUCUUGAUUACCCUGAACUACCAGAGGAUGAACCACAUCCUGCACAGCCCUCUACCCCUGUCAUCAAGCAAGGGGACCCAAGCCCUUAUGGGAGUGGCAAAGAGCCGUAUCAAAAUGGGUUAUACCCAACAGUCAAUGCUGGGGUAGUAAGUUCUCAGGGUACACAAGUUGAGCCUGAUCAGACUGAUAAGCAAGCUGGGAAUGGCCCGAUAACUCCGGGUUUGUCAAUAAACAAACCAAGUAGUCAUGUUAUCAGACACCAGACGCCUGGUCCUUCCUUUACUGCCUCUAAUCAAGGGCCAGGAAAAGGAGAAAGCCAGGUGGUGGACGGAAGUGUUGGGUCGCCCACUACUAUGGAUAGAAAAACAGUAGGCUAUGAUACCAAUUUAGUCGACGAAACUAAAGUGCCACAGAAUUCAAAUGUUAAUCGAGACAAAAAAGAUAUUGUGUAUGCAAAACUCGAUUUUCCAGGCAAACCGGAAAGCCAGCCAGGCAUGGAUAAACGUAAGUUGGGAGAUGAAAAGCUUGAUCACCCACUUCCCACCACCAAACAGAACAAUUCAAGUAACUAUGCGGAACUGGUAUUUCCUGGGAAACCUGGAGGGCCACCAGUCAGCCAAGUACAAGGUUUUGCUCCAGGAAAUGGUACAAGAAAUAUAACUAAAGAAAAUACGGGUAAAGAGACAUCAAAGACCCAACAGCCAGAACCUCGAGUACCCAAAUCUUCUGGGUUCAUAACAACUGCUGGUCUGCCCCAUGGAUGGGAGAAAGCUGUAGAUCAGACAACUGGGAGAAUCUUUUAUCGUGAUCACAACACUCAGACAACUCACUGGAACCCUCCACAGACAACCCAAAAGCCUACCUUGUUGCCGACCAGGCUACUGACACCAGCACAGCCAUCAAAUAUCACACAAGCUCAGACCUCACACAGAACAACAGAAAUAAAUGGCUCGAUAAGCACUGUGGGUAGACCGGAUGGAGCAGUAGCAAGGCCACAGCCACAUCGAUCAGCCGAGCCUUCUAUACCGACGCCUCACACAAUGCAACAGGGGCAGCCCCCAGCGAUUGAAAUCAAGCAGCAACCGCAGCCCCCUGCUGUUGAACCACCCCCAGAGCCUAAGCCCAAGGCAAAACCAGCUACUCCAGACAGAUUAUUGCAGCCCACCAAGUCAAAUUUGCGUCGUUCAUUGUCUUCCCCCAACUUGGCGAAGCUAGAAGAUGUUCCACUCAGACCUGAGAUUAAUAGAUCAGCAAAGCCUGUUGAGCCGUCGCCUGUUCCUGCUAAGCCUUCCUUCACCCGCAGUACUAAGCCUGUCACUUUGAAGCUGGACUCGCUCAACCCGAUUCAUGGAGGACUGGGCUGCGGCCUAACUGGGCUACGAAAUCUUGGCAAUACGUGCUAUAUGAAUUCUGUUCUUCAGUGCUUAUUUAAUACCGCGCCUUUGGCUGCCUACUUUGUGUCAGGCGCUUUCCGAGACGACAUCAACAAGGAAAACCCUUUGGGUACCAGGGGUGAGCUAGCUGAGCAGUUCUCAAUCCUGGUGCGUGCUACCAAUUGUGGUCGCUUCAAGUCCUUAUCACCCUUAGAAUUCAAACGGCUUAUUGGUAGGAUCAAGACGUCAUUUGCGGGUUAUGACCAGCAGGACUCUCAGGAAUUCCUGGCCCUUAUGAUGGACAAGCUACAUGAGGAUGUCUGCCAGAUUCGACACAAGCCCUACUUGAAGGCUCCCGAUGACAACAUAGAUCCAGCUGAGGCAGCGAACAUCACGUGGGAUAAUCACCGGAAGCGCAACGAGUCUCUAAUGCUGAACCUGUUUGACGGCAUGUUCAAGUCUACCGUUCGCUGUCUCGUCUGCGCUAAGGAUUCCGUGACGUAUGAGACGUUCUCGAAUCUAACUCUUCCCUUGCCUGGAAACAGUAACCACUGCUCGCUGCGGGACUGCAUCAAGCUGUUCACGCGUGCCGAACGCAUGUCUGGCGAUGAUAUGUGGUACUGCCCGCGGUGUAAGCAGCACCGUGUAGCCAGCAAGCAACUCCAGAUCUGGCGACUUCCGCCAAUACUUAUAGUACAUCUGAAACGGUUCCAGUAUGACGGGAUGUGGCGGCAAAAGCUGCAGACAGCGGUAUCCUUUCCUGUCGAUGGCCUGGAUAUGAGUGGCUACAUCACUGGCCCCACGAAGAGACCCGCCUAUCACCUGUACGGGGUGUCCAACCACUACGGUACCAUGCACGGUGGCCACUACACCGCCUUCUGUAAGAACGCGCACAACCAGCGAUGGUUCAAGUUUGACGACCAGGUCGUCACGGAGAUGAGUGCUAAUGAUAUUGUGAGCUCAGCUGCAUACCUCUUGUUCUACACUUCAUUCGAGUUCACUCCCCCGAAACUAAUUUAAAAUUAUAACCAAGUCGUACAGAUGCAAUGGUUGAUAACCGAUGGCGUAAAGACGGCAGGAACCACUACUUAGGUACAUGUUAGCCUUGCAUGUGUGUCACUUAGGUGCAUGUCUGUGUUUGUAGGGUUGAGUCAAAAUAGUCAACACUUAGAAUAGAGUUUAGGACCUUACACAUACCCCGUCCGCUGAACUGGUUGCCCACUGGUUGUAAAAAGUAUAGGCUUUUAAGGCUCCUUAGCUGAUGCCUUGCUAGAUACAGGAGAUAAAGGUCUUGACCUAGUGUCUUCCAGGGUAUAUAAUGGUAUUGCCCUUGCCUCUCUUCUUUUUAAAGCGCCAUAGUCAGGCUUACCUUUCUUUAUUGUUUUCUUUAAAUACAAGAAGACAAACUGUGUGUAAAGAUCGAGAGAUAAACAUCUAAACACAAAGUGUUAUGCUUUGUUUACCAAAUUCAGUGAAAGAUAUCGCCAUAGCUUCCCCAAAACAGCCAACGGAAUGGAUGCUUUUACGCAGCAUUUUGCAAAGAAUGACAAAAUUUCGGAUGACUGAAACUCUUUAAUAACCUUCUUGCUAAACCUCAUAUCUUUGUCAUUUGUUUGACGCAUUUAUUGCCUCGCAUUUUCUAUGGACAGAAACUUAACUUCAGGGCCCGUGUAAAAUGGUUCUGCUGUUGCGGCAACGGUGCCACUCGUGGCGAAGUUAACAAAAUAUAUCAAAAUGAAUAUAUAACUAUCUUUAUUACAAUAAAACUAACAGAGCGUGGUGAAUUAAAUGUAUUAGUGAUCGUUUUAUAUCAUGCCACUCAAGACAAAGCUAAAUUAAUAAUGAUUCUAACGCAUGAUCACAAGAUUGAUUUGUAUUCAAGGUUGAAUUAUGAUUUCAGUGACUCCCAAAGGCUGUACAUAGCAACGCUACCUCAACGUCUGUAUGAAUAAAAUCGGCACAAUUGAACCACUUGUGCAUCGAGUGCUAAAUUAUUACAAAUACAUACCAAUACCUUUUUUGCUACACAUCAUUGUAAAGUGACUCGCGCUUAAAAUAUACUGUGCUCAAAACUGA